AUGUUCACCUUCUACGGAUGGUGUUGUGCCCUUUGGAUUCUCGUCGUUCCUUUUCAGUACGGCCAACAUGUCAGUAUUCUCAACCAGAUACACUCUGCGAUUGCCUGCGAGGCGCCUCCACCCUCUGAGACCUUUCUUCCACCAUGUUUCCCUAUGGACAACUUUGUUUUCUCCGUCGUCACUUCCGUCUUCACACUGGGCGGUUUAUUAGGCAGUGCCAUCGCGAACAUAUUCAUGGACAAGUAUGGAAGACGGGGAUCUGCACGUAUAAGUGCUGCAUGUGUCGCUCUGGGAAGUGCACUCAUGGGUCUGAGUGGUGGUGCAACUGCAUUGGGUUUUGGAAGAUUCAUUGUUGGAAUAGGCUGUGGACUUGGAAUAUGUUUGGGACCGGUAUACAUUGCAGAAAUCGCUCCCAAAGGCAUCGCUGGCACCGUUGGCGUCUUGACGCAACUCGGUAUCGUUGUCGGGAUCUUUAUAACUCAACUCAUGGGCAUCUACUUUGCCUCUCCCAGCGCAUGGCGUUUCGUACUCUUCUUUUCGUUCGCGGUAUCGGCGAUCCAGCUAUUCAUCAGUCCUAGCAUUGUCGAAAGUCCACGGUGGUUAAGGAACGUCAGUCUUCAUGCUACUCAGGAAGCGAAAGAGGUGGAAGAGAGACUCUGGACGAAGAAAAGUGCAGUAUCCGAGCCUCUUUUGGAUGAAACCGAUCCUGAAGCUCAUCCUGUUGAGCCCACACGACAUACACCUCAAAAGGCUCUGACCGUCCCUCAAGUCAUCUUCAAGACCCCACCCGAGUUAAGAACACCGCUCAUAGUCGUUUCUUGCGCGAUGAUUGGACAACAAGUUUCAGGAAUCAACGCGGUGUUAUACUAUUCCAACGAUAUCUUGUCUCAAUCUCUACCAGAGUUGGGAAAAUACGUCAGCUUGGCAAUCACAGUCAUGAACGUUCUUAUGACCUUCGCCCCGAUUAUUCUGGUCGAGAGAGUAGGGCGUAAACGACUGCUCACGCUUUCUACUCUAGGAGCUAUACUAUGCCUAGUCAUGGUUGGAGUAGGGCUGAACAACAAUUGGGUCACCGUUUCCAGCGUGUUCAUCGUUGGAUUCGUGAUGUCGUUCGCUAUUGGAUUGGGACCAAUUCCUUUCGUUAUCAUCCCAGAGAUUUCACCAUACUACGCCGUUUCGCCGCUGUCUUCCAUCGCAUUGACGUGGAAUUGGUCGGUGAACUUUUUAGUGAGUUUGUUCUUCCUUCCUUUACGAAAAUUCCUCUCGGGCGGCGAUCCGACCAGGCAGGGAAGAGUUUUUUGGGUUUUCGCGUUUGUACUUUUAUUGGUCAUGUCAGUUGUGGGUAGAAUGUGGAAGACGACAUGA